AUGGAUUGGAAUAUUAUUGACAACACAAAACCCUUUGUUCCUCUUCCUGACUCUUCCUUAAGCUUCUUCUACAACAACAACAACAACAACCCUUAUUCAGGUGGGUCUUGUUUGUGUUGGAAAAUUAUAGGAAUGGAAGUGGGUGCAUUAGGUGAAACACAUCAGAGGUUGCUUCCAGCAAUGGAUGAAAUGAACAUUAAUGGAAAUAAUUACAAAGAGAAGAAGAAGAGGUUAACAAGCAACCAGAUUGAUUUGCUGGAGAGGUGUUUCCAAGAGGAAAUAAAGUUAGAGCCUGAAAGGAAAAUGAAGCUUUCAAGAGAGUUAGGGCUUCAACCUCGUCAAAUUGCUGUCUGGUUUCAAAACAGGCGUACUAGGUGGAAGACAAAGCAGCUUGAACAUUCCUAUGAUGUUCUUAAACAAGAAUUUGAUGCUGUUUUCAAAGAAAAGCAGAAACUUCAAGAAGAGGUUAUGAAGUUGAAAGGAAAGCUAAAAGAACAAGCUAACUUCAGGACACAAUCAUCAUAUAUUGAAGAAACAGUAGAAAGCACAUCAGAAGGUCUACGAUGUUCCAACAAACCACAAGGAACAGCAGAUCAAGGAUUCAUCAACAACAACAAUAACAACAGUAGUACUUGUUUCACAGUUGAAGAUUUUAAUUCAGUUUCAAUGCCUCCUCAUCAAUGUCACUGGCCUGUGUUACCUUAUUAUCCCUAA